AAGUUCCAAAGGAUAUAUUAUGAGGUUGGAGGACAGGUAACAAGUGACAAGAAGAGGAGAACAUACAACACCACGGUCUGGCUGCUGUGAAAAUGUUGGCCUAUGCUGUGCUGGCAUCCCUCUGUGUAGGACUAGUCUCCUCAACAGUUGUCUGCCCAGAUGGGGGUCUGUGUCAAGACAGGAACACCUGCUGCCUGACCAAGGAAGGGUAUGGCUGUUGCAACGAUCCCUUCGCUGUCUGUUGUUCUGACCAGCUGCACUGCUGCCCAGCCGGCUACCACUGCAGCAGUGCAGCUCAGUCGUGUGUGAAAGACGGCCUGCCAUGGUACAGACUGGCAUGGCUGAAGCACACACCUGCCCAGGAACCUGAAUCCACACGCCUCAAGCUCUCUGUUCCUGAGUUUGACAGCAGCGCUGUUCAGGAGACGACACCAGAUGCUGGUGUGGUGAAGUGUGACAACACCUAUUCCUGCCGUGAUGAUGCAAUAUGCUGUAUAGGCCGCUCUGGUAACUGGUCCUGCUGUCCACAUCAACAUGGUCGGUGCUGUAGGGAUGGCAUUCACUGCUGUCCAUUUGGCUUCUACUGUAACAGAGCCUCCACCAAGUGCCUGAAAGGGGAUCUGAGCAUAGAUGCAACUCCCCAGAUGCCUGCUGUCAGAUCUGAUGAUGACCAGUCUGACCAAAGAGCCAUUCAGGAGAGACCACCAGCUGUUGGUGUAGAGCAGUGUGAUGAGGAUUAUCGCUGCAGUGAUGGUCAAACAUGCUGUUUAAGCCCUAUUGGUACCUGGACCUGCUGCAGGUAUUCACGUGGCCACUGUUGUAGGGAUGGCUAUCACUGUUGUCCAAGUGGCUACAUCUGUGACAGCAGGUCUUACAGGUGCCUGAGAGGUUAUCUACACAUAGAUGCAUCUCCCCAGCUUCCUGCUCUAAAAUACGAUGACUACCAGCAGAGAGACUUUGCUGCUCCUGUACCCUGGGCCACACUGGAGCUAGCCCCUGGAGAUGGCAGGGUGGCCCUAACCACUCAGGUCAUACGCUGUGUCGGGCGCCUCUACUGCCCCGACGGCAACUCCUGCUGCCAGUCACCCACUGGAGAAUGGGGUUGCUGCCCGCACCUGCAGGGCCAAUGCUGCCUGGAUGGUAAGCACUGCUGCGAGUACAAGUGGACUUGUGACUCGACCUCCAUGAGCUGUGCGAGGGGAGGCACCAACAUCCCUUCAUCUACCAUGAAGGAGAUACAGCUACUGUGAUGCUGCAACACUGUUAUGGGUCUCAUGUGCAGAACUUCACAUCAGUGGGAUUCAUCCAUCAGCGCUUAGGAUGUACACUGCUCAGUUUUUCAUUGCUCUCUGUUCAGUGUUAGCUUUUUGAGUUCAUGAAUCAUAAAUCAUUAAAUCAUGAGAAGCAUCAAUAAAACAUCCAUGUUGUGGGAAUAUGAUCUACACUUGGACAUAAAUAUGUA